AUGGCAUCGCCCCCCAAGCCUUGGGAGCGGCCCGGCGUCGCCUCGGUGCCCUCCGCUUCCAUUACCGCCACGCCUAAUCCUCCAGCCACAGCAACGACCGCAAGCACCGGCGCAACGACAUUGCCCGGCUCAUCCACAGCAGCGCCUCCAGUUCCCGAUCGCCCUUACUCGCUCACCUCCACCGUGAACCAAAACGCUGCCGCGUACAGCCGCAUGGGUGUCGGCGCCUCUCCGUACAGUGGCUACGGCGGUGCCUACUCCUCCCCUUACUCGAGCCCAUAUUCUCGCUUCGGUGGCAUUGGCGGCUAUGCUGGCGGCAUGUACGGCGGCUACGGGGGAUAUGGAGGCGGCAUGGGCGGCGGCAUGUACGGCAACAUGUACGGUGGCAUGCCCGGCAUGCCUGGCAGCGACCCCAACAGCUUGACCAACAGCUUCAGCAAUAGCACCGCGGCCACAUUUCAGAUGCUCGAGGGCAUCGUGACGGCCUUUGGUGGCUUCGCCCAGAUGCUUGAGAGCACAUACAUGGCCACGCACUCGAGCUUCUUUGCCAUGGUCUCCGUAGCUGAGCAGUUUGGCAACCUGCGCGACACGCUUGGCUCCAUCCUCGGCAUCUUCACGCUCAUCCGCUGGAUACGCACGCUGAUCGCAAAAAUCACUGGCCGCCCGCCACCGGCAGAUGCGACAGCCCUCACCCCCGCCGCCUUUGCCCGGUUUGAAGGUCGCCCCGGCCCCGACGGCUCACCGAGACCCGCCAAGGCUAGCCGCAAGCCGCUCUUAUUCUUCCUCGCAGCGGCUUUUGGCCUUCCGUAUCUCAUGUCCAAGAUGAUUCGUACUCUUUCGGCUUCGCAUGAAGAAGAGGAGAAGCGUUUGCAGCAGCAGGCUCUGCAGUCCCAGCAACCAGUUGACCCCUCCAAGCUUGAGUUCUGCCGCCUGCUGUAUGACUUCCUCCCACAGCCCACCACCAACGCCAGCAUGGAGCUCGAGGCGCGCAAGGGAGACCUGGUUGCCGUUCUGAGCAAGAAUGACCCGGCCGGGCAGCCCAGCGAAUGGUGGCAAUGUCGUUCGCGUGACGGCCGCCAAGGCUACCUCCCUGCCACGUACCUGGAGGUUCUGAAGCGACCCGGGCAGGAGGUUAAGCAGAUCAAAGCGGCAGGGGACGACGGCGGAAUCAGCUCGAUGACAAGCGCGGUAGCAAAGCCUGAAGAUGGCAAAAGGGAGUACGCAACGGCAGACGGCAUGCAAAGAAGCCACUUUUACUCUUAA